CUCUCUGUGGUCAGGAAGCCAGAGCCUACUCCUGCUACAGAAUCACGGUGCCCACGAGCGUUGGAUUCUGCAGGCAACAACAAGGUGCGCUCCUCCCUUGAAAUUAGAUCAGGAAGAAGACUGCCCGUGGUUGAUUCGUUCUGCUUCUGGAUUUUUCAUAUUAGCUCCGAGGACAUCAUGAGCCAGGACUGCUAGAGACACUGGGGAGAAGCCGCUUCCAUCUGCCCUGCAUCUGUAGAGCGUCCAGCAUCCUGACCCAUUAAUCAGAGACUACUGUCUGAUUUGCCUUGACUCACAGAGUCUGAACCCGACCUUCAGCUAAGAUACCUCACACAGGUGGCUGUGGGCACACCUGAGGAAACAAAGUCCGGCACACAGCUGGCAGAAGCCAUCGCAGCAACCUAAGCUCCCGACGAAGGUGUCCAGAGACAGCAGGAUGAGUUCAGAGACAGGUCCUGUAGCUGUUGAUCCCACUCUGAGGAGAAGAAUUGAGCCCCAGGAGUUUGAAAUCUUCUUUGACCCCCGGGAACUUCGGAAAGAGACCUGUCUGCUGUAUGAGAUCAGCUGGGGCGGAAAGCGCAGUGUCUGGCGACACACGAGCCAAAACACCAGCAAACACGCUGAAGUCAACUUCUUAGAAAAAUUUACUACAGAAAGAUACUUUCGUCCGAACACCAGAUGCUCCAUUACCUGGUUCCUGUCCUGGAGUCCCUGUGGGGAGUGCUCCAGGGUCAUUACAGAAUUUCUGAGCCGACACCCCCAUGUAACUCUGUUUAUUUACAUAGCACGGCUUUAUCACCAUACGGAUCAGCGAAACCGGCAAGGACUCAGGGACCUUAUUAGCAGCGGUGUGACUAUCCAGAUCAUGACAGAGCAAGAGUAUUGUUACUGCUGGAGGAAUUUUGUCAACUACCCCCCUUCGAACGAAGCUUAUUGGCCAAGGUACCCCCAUCUGUGGGUGAAACUGUAUGUGUUGGAGCUCUACUGCAUCAUUUUAGGACUUCCACCCUGUUUACAAAUUUUAAGAAGAAAACAAUCUCAACUCACGUUUUUCACAAUUACUCUUCAAACCUGCCAUUACCAAAGGAUACCACCCCACCUCCUUUGGGCUACAGGGUUGAAAUGACUUCUGGGAGUUGGGCAUGGAUGAAAUGACUCUUUGUAUGUGUACUGUCUUGUCAGCAAGCACUGAUGACCCACUAAAGAGUGACUGCCAUGAAGAAUCUAGAAAUUGAGCUGGAGGUGUCAUUCAUGGGUAGCAUAUUAGUUACACAUGAGGCCCUUGGUUUAAUUCCAAGAACGUCCAGAAAAACGGAGAAUCUAGAAAUUGAGCUGGGAAUGGUUAUACACUCCUGUAAUGUCAGCAAUUGUGAGACAAAGGCACCAGAUCUCUGUGAGUUCAAGGCCAGCCUGGUCUACACUGCAAGACCCAGGCCAG